AUCCGAUCUGUCAUCAUCCUUCGUUCAAUGCGAAAAGGGGAAGUUGAGAGAAAGAAGUGGGAGAGAGACAUCGAGGAGCCUUUAAUGAAACAUAACGUUAUACUGCAGCUCGCUGGAUGAUCCACACACUGUGACAACAGACAACAAAGAUUAACCCCAGAAGAUUCACCAUAACUGGCUCUCUCUCUUGUUUGGUAUUUUCUACAGGUUUCCACAGUACGUCAGCGUCCAGAGGAAGAGACCGGGCAGUGUGACAUGGCAGGUAGAGGCGGAGCUACACGACCCAAUGGGCCAAACGCAGGCAACAAGAUCUGCCAGUUCAAACUUGUGCUUUUAGGAGAGUCAGCCGUGGGGAAGUCAAGUCUUGUACUUCGUUUCGUCAAGGGACAGUUUCACGAAUUCCAAGAAAGCACAAUCGGAGCUGCCUUCCUGACUCAGACGGUAUGUUUGGACGACACAACAGUCAAGUUUGAAAUCUGGGACACAGCUGGUCAGGAGCGCUACCACAGUCUGGCUCCAAUGUACUACAGAGGUGCCCAGGCAGCCAUUGUGGUGUAUGAUAUAACAAAUGAGGAGUCAUUUGUACGGGCGAAGAACUGGGUUAAAGAGCUUCAGAGACAAGCCAGUCCAAACAUUGUAAUAGCUCUGGCUGGGAACAAGGCUGAUCUCGCAAACAAGAGAGCACUGGACUUCCAGGAUGCACAGUCAUACGCAGAUGAUAACAGCUUGCUUUUUAUGGAAACAUCAGCAAAGACCUCUAUGAACGUCAAUGAGAUAUUCAUGGCCAUUGCAAAGAAGCUACCCAAGAAUGAGCCUCAAGCGGCCGGAGCCAGCAGCGGGCGGAACCGGGGAGUGGACCUGACGGAGACGGCUCAGCCCACCAGCCGCUCCUGCUGCAGUAACUAACCCAGCUCUUCCUGCUCAUCCUUCCCACACAUACCCCCCCUCUCCUCUACCCCUCCCCUUCCCAACUGAACAUCUGGACAUCGGGCUCCUUGGCUUCCUGACGUCACACCUGACCGUCAACCUCACUCCCCCUGGAAUAGCUAAAAGACUCUGUAUAGCUGCAUUUCUAAUACCUUUUUUUUUUUUUUUUUGUUGAUGUUCUUUUUUUUUUUUUUUUAACUUUUUUUAAGAAGUGUAUAUCAGUAUAAUGGAUGCAUGUAUCACUACAACGCCUAAAAACACAUUUUUAUCUCUUAUUCAGUUGGAAAACUAACCCCGAUUUUAGAAAGACGAGCGAGUGAGAAACCUGUGAACGUGUGAUUGUGUCGUGUGAUUUGCUGAUGAGAAAGUGUAGCCUCAUUCGUCACUUCACAGGGUCGACUGGAUGCGAAUGAUGUUGCCUGCGAUACUGUUUGUGCGCGGCGGGUUAAGUUACGCUCACAAUGAGAAGAAAACCAAAUUGUUAACAUCUUGAGACGCCCGGCUUCUCAUCUGUUGUGAGGCAUCUGUGUGUUGAGACGGUGCCAGAGAGAGGACUGAUGUGCACAGAAGAAUCCCCUCCCUCCCUCACAUCUGUUACACGAGAAGACAUCUUCAUCCAAGGCUCCUAGUGGAAAGUGCGGAAAAUAAAUUUGGUUCUGUCCAGUUUUUAAAAAAAAGUUGGAAAGUCUUUUGCGAAUAUUGAAAAAAAAAAUAUAUAUCUUGAUACACAUCUGGCUUCCUAUUAUUAUGUGCAUCCAUCUGUAGAGCAAUAUGGGCUUGUCACGUUGCUGUGAAUCAUAUUGAACAACAAAGUCUUCGUGGUGUGGAAAACAUGGGAGUUUUGGAACAUCAGGAACACCUUCAGGCCAGGAUUUUUUUUAAAUUUCAUUAUUUAACAAAUGCUUUUCAUGUUCAUCACAGGAGUUAAAGUGUUGACACUGAUAUGGCUUCACAUGGAAAAGAAAACCAACAGGAAACUGUGGAACAUCCUGCUUUGUGAGCUGCAAAGACUUGAACAUACGACUAGUUCGUUGUUAAACUCUUGUCUUUGUUAAUCUGCUCUGUUUCUGUCCAGGCCAGUAGUCAACCUGCAUCAAUAUUUGGGUGAUCUCAAUCAAAGGGGGGAUUGUUUUAUAGAAUAGAGUUCAGACAGCACACAAACAGAGAAUUUGGACUACCACCCAUUGUCACGAGUCUGUGGAAAAAAAACUAUACUCUAAUGUUGUUAUAGGGUGCAAUGUUGUCUUCUUCCUCCUUUAGCACAGCUUGCAGAGCUCGUGAGCUCACAAGGAAAUCAUGUAGAGGUUCCGAACAAUUGUACAGUUCAAUAUAGGUCUGCUUUUGUUUUUUUUCUCCAUCCUAGACCGUGUCAGAAACUGGUCACAUGUUAAGCAUUGGUGGUCUUUUUAGGUAUAUGUAGUGUUAUUAACAAAAUCCCUCUCUGGUGUCUUGUUACUUUUUUCUCAGAAAAUGGUCCAUGGUCAUGUUUGAAAGGAACUUUUAUUGCAUUGCACAGUGUUGAUCAUGUUUUAAUUAAUGACUGCCCUUCGAUUUUAUACGACGGACUGUAUUGGACUUGCUAACCUACAGCUAUGAGCAGGUAGCAUAAUUAACCUAACUGGUGGUCUCUCUUACAGCUUAAUGAAUUUUAAUGAUGUAAAACAGCAUUACUAGUGAUGGGCUGAUCAGUUUUGAGUGUCUGAAUACAACUUAAUAAAUUCAAUAAAGAGGUUUCUUGUA